UGAAUUUUAUUGCAACUGUCACGACGGUGCUAGGACGGCGGGCCACAGUGAAGUACAGAAAUAUAUGUGUAACGUAGAAAAACAGUGUAUCGAAUGUGAAGACAUGAGCUUUAGCAGUAUGAAAAACCUGGAUAUGGAUACAAUAAAAGGUGUAGAAUGGGCGGAGGACCUUUGGAAUUACCUACAAGCUAAUAUGCAGAAGAGCUAUCUCAACUGGGUUGAACAUGUAAGGGAACUAAGCAAUGAUCCAAAGGUCUACACCACAUGGGUGGAUGUUUACAAGGAGGAAAUUGAGAAGUGUGCAAAUGAAUUGUUGGGUGACAUAGAACAUCUUCAUGCCAGGGCUAUCGAUGAUGUUGAACAGCUCUUGUCCAAGUUGGAAUGCAUAUGCAAGGAACUUCGAAUUGAUAUACCUAUUAUAGAAGAUAACCAUAAUUCAUUGUUUGAGGAAAAGAAGUUGUUAAUGACUAAAGUUGACGAAUUCGAGUCUUUGAUGAUUAGACGCAAAGAGGAACUAGCCCAACUACAGACAAAACAGAUUGAACUAUGCAACAGUUUGGGGAAACAUCCGAAAGUCCUACCCGGCAGCCCAUUACCCAACCCCGAUCAAAUUCUCGAUCUAAGGGUGCACAUUGAAAAUUUAGAACGUGAAAAAUACGAACGGGAAGAAAAAUACCUCGAAAUGAAAGGUGAAAUAUUGAAGCUUAUGGAGGAGUUACAGCUGAAGCCAACCUGCAACUUUGAAUACGAAGUUGUGGACGGUGAGGACUCUAACUUCGCUGUAACUGAUGAUAACAUGAAGCAACUGGAGGAGUUUUACAAAAAACUGAUAAAGCGAAAAGAAGAUAUGAUUGAGGAAAUUAAUGAGAAAUGGAAUAAAAUUGACACCCUUUGGAAUGCUUUGGAUGUAGAUAUGAAAGAACGGAGUAAAUUCAUUGAUGCUAAUCAAACUAAAUCGAUCGAAGUUUUAUGCGCCUUAAAAGAGGAGAUUAAAAGACUUGAUUCAGUUAAAAAGGAAAACAUUAAAGUAUUCAUUGAAAAGUACAAAACUGAACUGUUUCAACUUUGGGAUAAAUGCCAUGAUGAUAAAAAGGAGUUUACAUAUCUAAAAGUUGAGUUUUAUACAGAAGAAUUAUUGGAAUUAUACGAACUUGAAAUACAGAAAUGGAAAAAAUAUUAUGAAGAAAACAAAACAUUGUUAAAACGCAUUGAAGAGUACAAACUUAUCUGGGCGAACCUUGAACAAUUGGAAAAGAGUGCGGAUGCUCCAAACCGUUAUAAAAAUCGAGGUGGCAAGCUAUUGCAAGAAGAAAGAGAACGCAACAAACUUCAAAAGAAGAUUCCGCUUCUGGAGAGUGAAUUGCGAAUGAAGGCAAACAAUUUCUUUGAGAGGACGGGUACCAUUUUCCAUACUUGGGGCGAAACAAUCGAUGAUUUGAUCAUGAGCCUGCAUAAUCAGCAAGAAAACGAACGGAAGCAACGGAUGAGUGCCCGAAAGAUGAAUAGGGACAAGACGCUGACCACCCCAGGUAAGAGUAGUAGGGCACUAUUUCCAUCCACACAGUCUCUAGCCAGGCAAACACCGGACACCGCGAACGCAAAGCGAAAAAUGUUGUCGGCAGCUUCAUCAGACGUAAAAAAGAAACCACGUGUCGAUAUGACAAAGACUCCCGCCUCCUCCGUCAAAAAAGGUCCCAAAAAGGUUGUCUCAAGUCGAGUUUCUUUAGGUAAAGAAAUUCGGCGAAAGAGGAGCAUGGAACAACAUAACCAGACAGUAUCAAGUGAUUAUGAAAAGUUCCAGAUGCGCCCAUUGGCGUACAGUACGGCAGUUUUCGAGACCAUAAUCGAGGAUGGAACUGUCCCAGAAGUCUAGUUGUCGAAGCACUUUGUACCUGGAUUCCCCGGAUGUAAAGCUUCCUGUCAAGAAACAAUUGUUUAUGCCGAAAAAUCGUCCGAACAUCGUUGUGACACCAAACACACCAAAAACUCCAAAAUUAACCAAAUUCGUUAGG